AGGUCUUUCUCACUGAUUCCUCUCAGAAAACCAGCAAUGGCCCAAGGAUUCCGACCUGCCGUGCCCGCCCCCCCAGAGAGAACCCAACGUCUACAUGGUUCCUCAGGGGAUCAAACCGGUUCUACAACGUACUGCUAUAGAGAUCUUGGCAUGGGGAGUGCGUAACCUGAAGAGCUUCCAGCUAGCUAGCGUUACCUCUCCCAGCCUGCAGGUGGAGUGUGGAGGCAACAUGGUUCAGUCCUGCGUCAUACGAUCUACAAAGAAGAAACCCAACUUCGACAUCAACACACUCCUCAUAGACGUGAGACUGCCCUGUGAGGAGCUGUAUAUGCCACCUAUCAUUCUGAAGAUCAUAGACAACAGACAGUUUGGGAGGAAACCGGUGGUGGGACAGUGUACCAUCAGGAACCUGGAGGACUAUCGCUGUACCCCUGAGGAAGAUGGGGAGGAGGAAGAGGACGAGCUUGAGGCGAAUGUCCAGACGCCUCGUGACGAUGUUCUGAUCGACAUCGAUGACAAGGAACCCCUCAUCACCUCACAGGCCAUGACUGGAGGGUGUGCCGAGGUGCAGGACUGA